AUGUCUGCCUCCUCGCGACAGGGACGGCCCCAGGCACCGUCGCCCUCCCCAUUUCGAAUACUGGACGACCGGAAUAAUCGUCAAGAUGUCAAGCCUCUGCCUCCUCGACGCUCGAACGGGUCCCCCCCACCUGGGAGCAGGAGAAACAUCACCACGUCCAUGUCAAACUUCUUCAACAAGCUUCGUCCCAGUAAACGCCCUGAGAGAGGUGGAACUAUUCGACACAAAAGAAACUCUUCGUCCUCGGCAGACGGACAAAAAGGCAGCAGUAUACCUGUCCCGGCCGCAAGCAGUGCCCCGAGCGGCGUCACAGGUCCCCGUGACUCCGAUAUCAUCCCGGCCAGUCGCUGGAACAUGCCCCUACCGAUUCCUCGUCGGACGCAGAGCACGCGAGCCGCUUUGGGCAAGCAACCUGCUUCAUCGCUGCCGAGGUUGACGAUCAACACCUCUGCCCUAAAGCAGGACAAACCUCAUCCUGUUGAGGUAGACCGGCGCGACUGGGCACCUCGCGGCAACGCCACGGCAAAGAAAAGCAAUAUCCCGACACCUCAGCCUACGAUGUCUACAGGCGAUACAAGGGAGAUCUACCUCGCAAAGCAAGAGCUUCGCCAGCAACGACGGACUCUGAAGCAGAGCGGCGACUUCCUUGGGGUCACUAGCAUCAACCCUCACACUGGCGUCAUGGAUGUCAUCACUCCAACUACGAGCUCCGAAGACGCAACGGUGUCCUCUCCCACAGACUCCCAUCUCGCAGCACUCGCCCACACAGCACAGGAUGCGCGCGAGGCAUAUGUUGCUGCCAAAACUGAGGCUCAGAUCAGAAAGGAGCACCAAAAGGCGGAGCGGAGAAAGGAGGCGGCCAGGACAGUGCUGAACCAGCAUGGCGGAAAUGUAGUCUGGCGGAAAGAGGGAGAAGCCUGGGCUUGCGUGGCCGAGCCAGACUUGAGCCCUAUACCGCAGUCACAGAGGAGUGUGAUGUCCCCCGAUACUUCGGACAGCGAGGCAACCACGGUCCAUAGGACACCCGUCAGCGUCGGUUCACCUCGUGGUCCUUUUUUAGGGAAGGCGACGGCGGUGACGGCAAGUCAAGCAAACCGUCCGGCCCGUCGAGUAGGAGACACCAACCUGCCCGCCGUCUCGACCCGGCACCAGCACCAUCACCAGACACGCAACAGGGUAGACGGGAAUGCAGAGACGGCAAAUCUGAAGCCUCACACGCUCCCGAGACCAAAGUCGCUUGGCUUCAGCCUUCCACCUACGGUCCCUCGUCGUGUAGCCUCGGGCCACCCGGAGACAAACAAGUCCGGCGACGGCCAGUCGGAGGAGCAACCAGAUCGGGGCAGCUUCAGACAGCGUUGGCUCCGUUACAGUCUACCGGGGAACAAGAUCCCCCCAAGGAUCACCAGUAGCAAGCCCCUGGAGCUGGAAAACGUGAAGCCGGCGGAUCUCUGGGCAGCCAGGCUGCUGGACGAUCUGAGCCGCCUCGACGAGAGCAACCAGGCUCACACAACCGCCAUGGGGCUCUGGGGAACGAGCAGCACGAACAACGACCGGGAACCCCGAUUUGCCUACACACCCAUCAUCACCACUACUGGCUCCGAACGCGGUCAGCCUCCCCCGCUCGUGGACGGCCGUCCUUGCGUCGAACCAGUCGACGAGUGGAGAGACGGGCCUCGGUCACCGAUGACGAUGAUCAUGGAACGCUCGAGUCCCGCAUCACUGGGGUCUCUGACCCGGACACCCAGCAGCGUCUGUUCAAAGGUACCGGCUUUCCCUCUCGGCACGCAACCGAACAACUCGCCGAGCGACGGAGAAAGCGAGACUCUCACGACAGUGGCUACGUCGACAGUCAUUACAGAACUGGAGGUGGCGGUGCUACCAAGUGCUCGGGACUUGCUGCCAACACCAGAAGAGCCAAAACCAGAGACCGUUUUUACGUCGCUGGCGACAGAGGAGCCAGGACCAGAGACACCAGAAGAGAAGACGGCCAAGCCGAACGGCGACGGCGACGGCACCAAGGAGUCGGAGCCCAGGGAGAUGCGCAAGACGAUGAGAAAGGAGAAACACGGGGAAGGAGGCGGCACCGCAAACACUCAGAGCCGAAGCCCAUCCUGGCCAAAGUCCACCUCUACCCUCCGUCCACGUCCACACCAUCAGUCACAAGCUCAGGAAGCAGACGAGGAGCUGGACCACGCCAUUGCACAGGGAGCAGCCAGAGCAGCGCUCACACAUCUCGUUCACGACCCAAAGACGGAGUCACAGGCCCUACCGAUAAAGGAGCCGACGUCUUGUGACGGGACACGGACGGUACCGGUUCCGGUGUCGGCGUCGGCAUGGUUCAAAGGAACAACAACGAUGUCGGAUCGGCAUCGGCGACUUCCCCGUGGGGCGGAAGCGAAAGCCAAGGCCGCGGCGGAGCCGGAUCGGCAGGAUGACCAAGGCCAAGAUCUAGCCUCUUUGGAGACUACUACGUUAGUGGGGGACAGGAACACGCCAACGGUCACCAAGGGGGGGGUCAGGCGGUUCGGAGGGUCUUUGAAGGUUGGUGAUGUGUGCAGAGAGGUGGUGAGCUGGAUGGUUGUGGUGCUGAACUUGGUGGUUGGACUGAUGGAAGCACACUGGGGGAUGGUCAAGCCGGUUUUUGACGGCGAGUCGGAGCUGAGGAGGCGGUUUGAGCUGGCGCAGUCGACGUGGGAAGAUGUCUGGGUUGGGGUGGGCGCCGUGGUGUUUGUGUUUGGGGUGCUGUGUGUGGGGAUGUGGCUGGUUAGGGGGGUUCUUACGGUUUUGGGAGUGGUGAAGGCGGUGGGUAGGGGGUUGAGUGUUGUGGCUGGAUUUUGA